CAGAGAAAAUCCCGACAUGGGCAUCAUUCUACAAACUGAAUAACAAGCUUAAGAACUUUAAUUUCGAAGAAUUUUGAAAAUCUGUUCAUACUCACCGACAUCAUGAAAUUUUUAGCGUGUGCCGUUAUUCUCGCAGUUUUGGUCGCUGUUUCAGAGGGAAACGAGACCCCCAAACUUUCAGCGAAGUCUAAGUCUUUAGAAAAUUCCGGGACAGCCAAACGAGACAAGCUUUUCAGUAAACUUUUUGACACUUAUAACAAAGACAACUACCCGGAAAACAGCACCGUUAAUGUUGGCGUGUCCCUUCUGGAUGUCGGCUUUGAUUCCGAUAAAGAUGUGAUGAAUUCUCACGUCUGGAUGCGAAUGACCUGGACGGACGAUCGCUUUUCUUGGGAUGAGUCCGAGUUUGGCGUGAAUGUGUUGCGUGUCCCCGCCGAAAAAGUGUGGCAGCCUGAUAUCGCCCUCUACAAUGGCGUGCAUAACAAGAUGGACUGUUACGACACGAACGUGCUCGUCUACCCGAGCGGCCUAGUUUUGUGGGUGCCACCCUGCCAUAUUCAAUCCUACUGCAAUCUGACCUUGAACCACGGCCCGUACGAGGAACAAGUCUGUACCCUUAAGUUCGGCUCAUGGACUUUUGACGGUUACACGAUGGGACUCGAACUCUACAAGGAUAAGAACAGCACACUCGUUGACGUGUCGUACUUUAACAACCGGCAAUACAGUAUCACCCAGAAUGCAGCGAUCAAGGAAGAGAAGAAAUACGACUGUUGCGUUGAACCGUACUACGACGUCCUUUUCACCCUCGGAUUCCAACGCAAACCGGAAGUAGCACCAACUUGUGUGAAAAACUGAGAUGAAUAAAUAACACCGGAUUUUAAACAACGAUUGACCGACCCCUUAAUGGAAUGAAACAUAUAAUAAUAUACGCUAAUGAGUACAUAAUGUUAAAAUUUCAAGUUUCCAAAAUUUUGCUCAAGAAUAUUAAAAUUUUAAUUGGGACAUAAUUGGAAUGUAAUAAUAAUAUAUAAGGAAUAAAAAACAUAUGAAGCAUUAGUUCGGA